CCCCAGGAGCAGCACCAAGCGCUACAACAUCAUGGCCUUCAACGCCGCCGACAAGGUCAACUUCGCCUCCUGGCACCAGGCGCGCAUGGAGCGGGACCUGAGCAACAAGCGCAUCUACCAGGAGGAGGAGCUGCCCGAGGCGGGCGCCGGCAGCGAGUUCCACCGGCGGCUGCGGGACGAGGCGCGCCGCAAGAAGUUCGGCAUCGUGCUGCGCGAGUUCCGCCCCGAGGACCAGCCCUGGCUGCUGCGCGUCAACGGCAAGGCCGGCCGCAAGUAGGGCGCGGGGACGGGCCCCCCCCGCUGGCACCCCGAAAGCUG